AUGGCGACUGCCACUGCGGCUCGCAAUUUUUCAUGGAAUAAACAGCACAGCAACGAGCGAUUCAAACAGUGCGGUCGCAACAUUAAACCAGCUCGCACAAUAAGGCCAAAUGGCAGUUUCCCCUCGUUGACACGAAGCCUUAGCUUUGGCUCGCCAACAUUCCCGAGGCGAAAGCCCUCUCCUAUAAGACGUAAAUCGAAGUCAGUCCACUUUGCAGACUCGAAAGGACUCGAUCUUGUCUCGGUGCAGACUUUCAACGAGGAAAAAGAGAUCCACGAUCACUUCUCAAAGCUUGCAAGCUUUGCACAGACGACAGCUGGUAAACGCCGAUUGAAACACGAGCAGAACUCGUGCAAGAAUAAAAAGAGCAACGAUACACAGUCUAGGAAGCUCUCUGAGAAAGUCACGAAGCAGCUAGCCUGGCAGAGAGUUUGCGUAGAAAAAACUGAAUUCCUAAAAUCUGGAAAUAUUCGUGGAGAAGUGUUCGUUGCGAAUCUGGCAUAUGAGAAACAUGUGAAAGCGCGCUUUAGUUGGGACUCUUGGCAUACACAGCGAGAAAUUGACGGUGAAUUUCAUUCAAAUUGUACCAAGGAUAUUGAUAAGUUUGUGUUCGAGAUCCCUAUACCGGAAGAAUGUACAGUAAAGAACUUUAAAGUUGAAUUUGCCGUGAGUUAUACGGUGCUGGGAGAUACCUAUUGGGACAACAACAACGGUUUUAAUUACCAUGUAUUGUUUGCCAGUCAUAAUUAA